AUGUUGUUUCCUCCUUUAGCCUUGGCUUUGUUCCUUAAUCUCCUUAUUUCCACCUCCAAUGCUAUCACAGACAAACACCAACUCUCCAAAAAUGUCAUCAACGACUUCUUAUACCUCCAGAACCAAGCCCGAUCUGCACUUCGUGUGCCACCACUUGUGUGGGACACCAAGUUAGCACAAUAUGCGGACUCGUAUGCAAGCGAAAGGCAACAAGAUUGUUUGUUGAAGCAUUCAAACGGGCCUUAUGGGGAGAACAUCUUUUGGGGUAGCGGUAAUGGGUGGAGCCCAGCUCAGGCAGCGGCGGCAUGGGUGGCGGAGCGGCGGUGGUAUGCACAUCCUUCAAAUUCGUGCAAUGGUGGGCAGGAUUGUGGGCAUUAUACACAAAUUGUUUGGAAGGAAACCAAGAAGAUCGGGUGUGCUAUGGUGACUUGUUUGGAGGGUAGGGGUGUUUUCAUGACCUGUAAUUAUGAUCCUCCAGGAAAUUUUAUCGGUCAGUGA